CGAGAGGUCUCUCGGGUUCGCACGGGCGGCGCAUCGCUGCCGCGCGAACCGUCAUCGUUUCUCCCACGUGCCUAGAACCACUUCUCGACCCACUCGUUGAACGGUCCGUCGUCGUGGAUGACCUGACCCAUCACCUUUAUCCGCGUGCCGACGAGAUGCUUUUUCGUCUCGAGCUUCGAGUAGAGCACCGCGUCGUCGUCGAGGCGCGUGAUCUCGAACGCGCCGACGCGCCACUCGCCGGUCGGCGAGAGCCGCGCGAGAUGUUCCGGGUCGUUUCUCCCGUGUUCUGGGUCGACAAUCACAGCGCCGUCAAAUCUGUCUCGCAGCAUGUCCUCAAGGCGGUCGACCUUGAGGUUAUAUUUUCAUUGCUGGCAAAACUCGACGUGCAGCCGAACUGGUGCUGUGCCGGUGCUCAGCGCAUCGAUGCCAGUUAGCAUUGCAAGCAGGAUGAGAGCGCGCAUCGCUGCUGCCUAAAAUAGCUGUUGCUCUCCGCAGGCUCUCGCAGAUUGCACUUGCUCUCAGAGCUGCUUGGGUGCUCUCUUGUUUGCUGCCCGGAAAAACGAGCCGAAAACGCUAAUGCUGCCUCGGGCGCUCUUCUACCAACCCAGGGAGUGUGUGCCCGUUGCACUCUCUGCACGUAUAUGGCCUUGAGUCUCAAAAGAGCUUAGGUUGAUGGCUUACUAGUG